CCGAGGUAUCUUUUUGUAUUUUUCUGCCGGGGAUGGGCCAGAUUGGGAAGGGCGGUACGAGGGUGAGACUUGGCGUUGGUGUUUUGGAACAUCAAAGAUGGACAGGGUUUUCGCGGAGGUCGCUCCUCGGAUAUCUCCACAACUACAGGUCGGGGGUCUUCCAAAAUCGAGAAGAUUGGUGCAUAUGGCUAGGUCACUUCACCUUACAAUUUGUAUGGCACUCUGGCCCGGGGUUGUGGUGUGGUAGGGGAGAAUGGGGGAUAAUCCCACACAGGAGCUUCGAACAACGUCCGGUUCACGUUUGGCUGGAUAACUCCACCACCACACGGGGUAUGCGGUCGGCGAUGGGGUCAAAAUGCUCGUAUGAUCGAGGGCUUUUCGAUGGAUCUAUCGGCGGGUUCUUAUUCGAAAAAUCGAGCGAGUUCGUGGUGGAGCGGUUGUUGUAG